UUUAAAUUUUAGUUAUUAGUAAAAUAUUUUAUUUGGAAAUGAAGUAAAAAACAUACAUUGGAAUUUCUGAAAUGGACAUACUUGAAGAAUCAAAAGAUAUCUUAUGAUGAUGAUGUCAAAAAAGCUUAUUAAAAAAAAAGCUGCUAUUGAUAACAUAGAUCAGUUUCGUGAAGAAGCUGAAGACCUUCUUUCCCCAUCUGAAACUGUAAAAAUGCGCAAAACUUCUCGCCAAAUGAAAUUAGAAGUUAAUGAGCAGAGUGGAAAAGAUUCAAAAACAUUAAGAAAAACAAAGUCUGCAAGACUUGUUAGAGAAUCAAGUGACAAAAUGAUAAAGGACUCUGAAAAAAAUAAGAAGGAUAAAAAAGACGAUUCUUCUAUUAGCAAAAAUAAGAAAGCUGAUAAAGAUGGUGAAUCUAAGCGAUCUUUGCAUUUAAAAGUAACUAGAAAAUUGCCCAAAAAGAAGUUAAAAAAAGAAGAUAACGGUGAUUCUUUUCCUGUUAUAUAUCCAUGUGGCAUCUGUACAAAAGAAGUUAGUGAUACAGAUGAGGCUAUAUUGUGUGAAGCAGGUUGUGAAUUCUGGUACCAUCGUAGUUGUACUGGAAUGACUGAUAUAGCAUAUCAACUUCUAACAAAUCAAGAUAAUGCUGAGUGGGUUUGUGACAAAUGCAUUGCUACAAAAUCUGUACCAUUAGUGAAAAUUAAAUCAGCUGUAAUGAACACUUAAACUACAUGAUUUUCAAUGCUUUAAUUGUCAAUAUCUUGUUAUUAUUUAUAAAAUAUACAAAUAAACUUUUAUUGUAUCAAAAUUUAGUAUUAAUAAUAAUUAUAAAACAGUUUUGAAAAA